CCAGUGUGAGGCAGCGGGUCGCGGGAGGGGAAGCAGUGAGGACAGCGUCUCCGGUCCACAGGCGCAAUGAGCGGGGGAGCGGAGCAAGCUGACAUCCUGAGCGUGCUCUCCCUGGUCAAGGAACGAUGGAAAGUGGCGAAGAAGAUCGGGGGUGGAGGGUUCGGCGAGAUCUACGAGGCGCUGGACCUGCUGACGCGGGUCAGCGUGGCGCUGAAGGUGGAGUCGGCCCAGCAGCCCAAGCAGGUGCUCAAGAUGGAGGUGGCCGUGCUGAAGAAGCUGCAGGGUAAGGACCACGUGUGUCGCUUCGUGGGAUGUGGACGCAACGACCGCUUCAACUACGUGGUGAUGGAGCUUCAGGGUCGUAAUCUGGCCGACCUGAGGAGGAGUAUGACCCGCGGCACGUUCAGCAUCAGCACCACCCUGCGUCUGGGUCGUCAGAUCCUGGAAUCCAUAGAGAGCAUCCACUCGGUCGGCUUCCUGCAUCGAGACAUCAAACCGUCUAAUUUCGCCAUGGGUCGCUUCCCCAGCACCUGUCGAACCUGCUACAUGCUGGACUUUGGUUUGGCUCGCCAGUUCACCAACUCAUGCCAGGAGGUCCGACCGCCUCGUCCGGUGGCAGGGUUCAGGGGAACAGUCCGUUAUGCAUCUGUCAAUGCACACAAGAAUAAGGAGAUGGGUCGCCAUGAUGACCUCUGGUCCCUCUUCUACAUGCUGGUGGAGUUUCUGGUCGGUCAGCUGCCGUGGAGGAAGAUCAAGGACAAAGAACAUGUGGGGAAGCUGAAGGACACCUAUGAUCACCGUCUCAUGCUCAAACAUCUGCCGGCAGAGUUUGGUGUGUUUUUGGAACACGUCUCCAGCCUGGACUACUUCACCAAGCCUGACUACCAGCUGCUGAUGUCAGUGUUCGACAACAGCAUGAAAACCUACAACGUGGUGGAGAACGACCCCUACGACUGGGAGCGGACCGGCACCGAUGGCACCUUGACGAUCAGCGCCAGUGCCACAACACCACAGCAUCACACCCGGCUCACUCCAGCUCUUAUGGGGAUGGCAAAUGCCUCCCUGAUACCUGGAGACCACCUGAGGGAAAACACAGAUGAGGUUUUGCAGGAUGAGCAGCUCAGUGACGUGGAGAACAACCCCGCCCCUGACCGCCUGCCUGGCUCUCCUCUGCACCCGCACCGCAACCAGGAGGCUGACGUGUGGGAGGAGCUGGACCGCAACCGUAACCGCAUCAGGACGGCCGUCUGGAAGGCAGCGACGGAGGAGGAACACAGCAACAACCAGGGAAACCAGGGAAACCAGGGAAACCAGGGACACCAGGGACACCAGGGACACCAGAGCCCCUACGCUGGGCCAAGUCUGGGUUCUCCAGUCAAACACUCUGAGGCGAUGGCUUCAGACCGAGAAGGCCCUCUGCUGAGGAAGCUCCGCAACAUCCACAGCUUCGAGCUGGAAAGGAGGCUCGGCCUAGAGUCAAAGCCCAGUCCAGAGCGCUUCCUCGAGACCUGCUCGCCUCAGCAGCAGACCGGCAGCCCACACCAGGAGAAGGAGGCAAAUGGACCUGCAAUCAUCCCGGUAACUCAGGGUCAAACUGUACCUGGCGGGGAGCGUCCCGAUCGGGUCUGGCACUAUGACGAGGAGUUCCUGUCGGGCUGUGGUUCUCCUAAGCCUGCGUCCCCUGGAUCUCUGGAGCAGGGAGAGGGGGCGGCCAGCAGCGGGGGCUUUGUGGCCCUCAAUUUGAGCUCUGGAAGGCAGGACAUUGACUCAAGGGAGUGGGUAAUGGUGGAGCGGCCAAGUGGCUCCCCGGGAGCCAAGCUUACCAACAGCCCUUCAGAGGAGGAUGAGGAGCCAGAGGUGCUCCAGCCAGGGCAACGGACUCCUGGGUGGGGUAGAGGCAGCCCAGGCCCGAGCUCAGGAAAAGCUAAACAGGAGAGCACGGCUUCCUCCAAAGGAAGCACCAAAGUGGACAAGUUGGAGCUCAGUGUGGGGCCUGUCGGGAAUCUGCCUCCGGUCACUCCAACCAGCCCAGCUGAAGCUCUGGCUGAGGGAGUCCUCACGCAGUUCCCCACCUCUCCUCCGUCCCUGCCUGAGGAAGUGGCGGUGCGGACAUGCAGCCCCAUCCCACUGCGCUCUCCCAGCCCUCACACUCUCCUGACCACCCUGUCGGACCCGCUGCACCUGCGCCACCCGCCGGGCAUUAGGCGCAGCCAGUCGGCCGACCAGCAGCAGGACCGCAUCUCCUCGUCCUCCUCCUGCCACGCCUCCCUUCCGCUACCACCAAACCCCGCCCCCGGCACCCGCUCACCCAUUCGUAGGAAACUGCCCGCCAUCCCAGCGGGCGCCGCCAACGCCAAGUUUCCCUCCGUCAUACGCAUCACACGAGCCCAACUUCAGCAGUUGACAGCUCAGCGUCCCUCUGGGCUGUCCCAGUCAGGAUCGGACAGUGCUCCACAGUGCCUCCUCCUGGAGAUGCGUGGAGAAUCUGAGGCUCAGCAGGUCCAGGAUCACACGGUGGACGUCACCUCCCCACAGGACCAUGUGCUCACCCAUCCAGGGACACCCACAGACCCUCUGGCUGAAAUGCUGAUCAAUGGAGACAGCAACACCAAAGCUCCAAGUCCGGUGCCAAGUCGUGUGUCUUCCCCGCGUUCUCCCCGCUCACCUCCUCCACGCUCGCCCUCCUCCCCGCACUCCCCUCGCUCCCCACAUUCUCCUCACUCCCCACAUUCUCCUCGUUCUCCUCGAAGUCCGUUUUUUUCGAAUGGCCCCUUCUCCCCCCAUGGCUCUGGCCAAAAGGAUUUAAGUAACGGCGCUUACCCCAAGCUGAGAGACUAUGAGAAUGAUUCCGGCCUCGCUCCCUGUGCCACAGAGUCUCAGCUGAGAGGGGAGGAGGGUGGAGAGGGGAUCCAGGCUAAAGAGCCGACUAGCAGCCCAGUAUCCUCCUCCCGGGUUGCCCCCCGCAAGGACCCUAGCCGGAGGCUUAGUCGCAUCCCGGUCCUGGAGCCCUGUAGCCUGCUAGAGCUCCCUACUCCAGGGUCAGCCAAGGAGAAACUCUUAAGGAAGAAAGCCAGUCACCAGGGCCCGGUCCCCUCUCCCACCGCCUCACCCUCCCUCUCUGAUAGGCGCAGUGCCAUGGUCGCCCUUGCAAGAGACCCGCUGUCCUCCGCCUCUGACCGCUCGCAGGACGAGGACUCUCUCAUGGGCUCCCGCUCCGACCGCCAGGGAGACGAUGCCCCGUCCCUCUCCUCAUCUUCUAGCCCUCUGUCCCGCAAGAGCAGGAUCCCUCGUCCAAUUCAUCCGGUCUCUUCUGCUGAGCAGCUGGCUGCCCAAUACCUGCCACGCCCACCGCCUGGGAAGCCACCUAGUCGCUCCACAGUGGAGGGCAGGCUAAGGCGUUACCGCAUCCGAGCGAGCAGCACCAGUGACUCUGACCUCCUCACAUGCCUCGCUCAGCUGAUGCAUGGCUCCCGCGGCUCCCCGGUCCACCACCGCUCCUCAGCCCAGCACGGGGGCUCCAGGAUGGGCGUCUGCAGCCUGACCAGCUCGCCGCACCACCACCGCAGCUCCAGCGCCUCGCCGCGCAGCUCCUCCUCCCUGCAGCGCUCCGUGAGCUCUUCGCCCUCCCGCCAUGAGCCCCGUGGCGGCGGGGGAGGGGGCUGCCUCGGCCGCAGCCGCUCGCCCCCCAGCUUCUCGGGCUCACCACCCCCCCGCCGCUUCUACUCCCAUCACCAGGAGACUUGCUGCAGCCGCCAGGCACGCACCAGCCCCUUGUACCUGUCCAGGGGUAAAGGCUGCAGCCGAGAGGGCAAGUGCUCCAGCAAGCUGAGCAGAUAGUUGCACUGACACAGCCGUGGAUGGGAAGACUCCACAUUCUGAUAGACGUCAGUCAGGAGAAGAACCUGAGUCUUCCUCUUUAAUAAGAUUUAAAAAAUCUACAGUUUUUCCUGUCAGUCCGAACCUUACAGUUUCCCCUCCGCUGCCCAGUGUUUUCUCUCCUUCUAUUUGCACCCAGUGUUUGUCAUUCAAUUAUGUGCUUAGCUUUAAAGGGGAACUCCAGUGAUCUAGUUUUGAAUUUCUGUAAAGUUGUGGGACACAGUCGACACAGGUUUCAGGAACAACGGUCAAAAUCUGUGCAUCAGAGGUCAAAAUGUCCUCGCACCAAAAGCUUCUUCUCACAUUUACCUGACUCCUUGAUAUGAGUAAAAUGAAAUUGUUCCUGUGCCACUUUAUGACAAUUCAUCAGAUGAACUACUGUAUUCUGGAUCAGGGUCCUCGUGUUAUAUUUGUUCAGAUGUGGUAGAAGCAAAGUAGUGUAGCUGCAAAAUGUAAAAGUUCUUUCUCAAUGCAGGAAGUUCUAUGAUACAUGAAUCAAGAGUUAGUUGAGCCAGUAGACACAUAAAUAAAUCAGCUUAUUUAACUCCAAACCAUCAUGCACAAAAACAUAUAUAGUAACUUAUUUAUCCCCCCCAGUAACAAUGCACUGAUGGAAUAUCAGUGCAGCACAUCCCAGCUUUGUUAAAUAUUAUCCCCGGGGUUGACUCUCUUGUCUCCUCUGACUUGUGGAGCAGGCAGGGUAUAAUAUUUACUUUAUGCUACGUGUGAAUGCAUAAAGCCAGAGUUUGUGUACAGCUGUAUUUAUUGAGAUAUUUAUUUUCAUGCUUAGCGAUGCCUACGACUCCUGUACCCUCCUCUGUGCGAUGGUGGACGUGCGGGUUUGUGUCGCCCGGAUUAGUUUUACACGCUCAAUCGCCGGGAUUACGCCGAAGUGAUCCUUUAAACAAUCAAUCAUGUACCGUGUGUGAGGAUACACACCUUUUUGUGCCUACUGUGUUGCUGUGAAGUGAUCUGAGGGGAUUAAAGGUUGUUGUAGGGGAACUCCCUUUUUAGAUGUGAAGGAGAUGUGUUAGCUGUAGUUGUUGUAGCAGUGGGGGGCUUAAAGAACACAAGGUACAUCACAAUGUGAGUAAUGUUCAGAUAGAUUUGUCCCAGCGUGUGCCUUGGCACUUUGGGCAACUCGAGGAUUCACUCUGGUGUGUCUGGGAUUAGAAGAAGAAAAAAGCCAAAAUCGGACGCGUGCCAGUUCCACCAGUAUUCUCUAAUGUAGAAGAGGUAGCAACACAACUGUUUGUAAAUCCGACACCCUUUGAACAACGGUUUACUUGAGUGCAGAGUGGUUGUUAUUUAUAAAGAUAUUUCAAAUUUCAAAAACCCACUUGCAGCUGUCCUGUGUGUACCAGGUCAGUGUUUGAGACGACACUUUGAACAAAUGUGAAUUUCAGACCUCAAACAACAUUUUUGUCAAAUGUUACUGAAAACAGAGGCCAUAUGUGUGUAUAUAUAUGUAUAUAAAUAUAUUUCUCACACCAAUAAGAUGAAGAAUGUUUUUUUUUGGUUUCUUUGGUUUUCCUCCUGCGCCGGAGAAUGUCUUUUUUAUAAAACAACGUACACUAUGUUUGUGCUCCGGGCGAAGGAGGCAGAGUAAUGUUUGUGUUUUGAUUUUAGUCCAGAUUCCUCACUCAAGCUCCUCUUCCCACUCCUCUGCUUGUAAGAUACUGUAAAAUAACUCCGGCUUCCUUCCAGCGCUGCUCUUUGCAUGUUCAACAGAGAAAAGACGGGAAUAUAAAAAAGAAACAAAUCGGACUCUUCACAGAGUAAAAAGCUGCAGAACACCUCUCGUAACAGGGCAUUUAUCUCGUGAAGAUCUUCAUGACCUGUGUCUCAUUUUCCUCCAUCUUCCUAAUGGAUGACACUAGUGAGUCUGCGCUUCCUGCACUGACUCGGGACGAUUGUGUUGCUGGAUAAUGACGAGACUGUAUUUGUAUUAGUUUCAAUAUAGGACGUGAUGCGCGAAAUUAAAAAAGGAGAACAGACUUUGUAUUGUAGGAUAAAAACCACAGAGUUGAAAGGUAAACAGCAGCCUCUAUAGGACCCGGCCGCACGUAUGAGCAGACAUUGCCAAAUAUUUUGAAAGAUUUUGCAGAUGUGGUUCAUCUUGAUAUAUGAUAUAAGUGAAUGGAGCGGUCACGCUGCUUGGUAGACGUGCUGUUUGGGUUCGACUCGUGCAGGAGCCUACUCCGGCCUCACAGAGCAGCUACGAUGACUCAUCCUGACGGCAGACAGAGUUCAGUCAGUCAGCCGCCUUAACGUCUCUUCUCUGCCCCCUCUGUGCAUAGCGAGGGAUGACUGAGCCUUGUCUGUGUUGGUGAUCAUUCCACUAGUAAAGGGCCCAAUCCUUUCCCUGUCCCCUAUCUCUUGUCUGUUAAGGCCUGGUCACCUCUGAGGUCAGUGCAUAACCCUGUUUGUUCUCUCUGUGAGCUUGCAUGGGCCAAUUAUCGAUUGACCGGCUGGAAUGAAAACGUUUCAGGUUGCAGUGCUCAUUGUGUGUCUGUCCCUGCGAUCACCGCCCAAACAGGGCCGUGCAGAAUCCUCACUCGUCUUAAUUUUCAGCCUCAAGCUUUUCAAAGGUCAGAACCUCGCUGUGCAACACUUUUAACAUAUACCUGUAUGAUAAUAAUUAUUUAAAUGAAAUCAUAGUUGUAAAACCAUGACUUAUACGCUAACGAGCUUCAGUGAAAGGGAGGAACAGACACUAAACAGUGCAGCUGAUUUUCAAAAGAUGAACUGAUUUUCUUCUCAUGUUUCUCUAAGGUUAUUUUUAAUGCACAUGAGUGGUGUGUAGCUGUAGUCCUGGUGUUUCCCUCCAGGUGAGAUUAUUGUCGUCACUUUUUCAAGUGGCCUGAUGUUGAUGGUGUCAUAUUAAUGUAGUGGUGCGCUGGUAUUUGUGGUGGUGACAGAUACCCGAUCGGCCGACGAGAGCAAACCCAGCUGGUUUUUAGUUUUAUUUGAAAAUGUGAGAAGGAAACUAACAAAAGCUUCGGUGUACACCCGGUACACUUCUCUGCUCAUAACAUCUGAUAACUUGUUAAUAACUUAUAAAUACUUGACAGAAAUUAUUUAUUGUAACAUUUGCUAAUGCGCCCAUCCAUUGUUUUUUUUGUUACUUUUAAUUGUUGGGAUUUUUUAAUGGUCAAUAUUUUGUGUGUUGUAAGUGUACGUCUUAGUUUUGAAAUGUAACUGUACAGUCUCAAGGAAAGAAUGUAACAAGUGGGAGUUUUUGCAUUGUAUAUAACUGUAAUUAUUUAUGUUCACUCUAUCAUUUGUAUCAUAUCAAUGCCUUGUACAGUGUUUUUCUUUUCUUUUUAUGUUUUGAAAUUAUUUUGUAUUUUAUUUUUAUAAACUGGUUAUAAAUAAAAUACUCAUUCCGCAUGCAGACAGAA